AUGGAGGACGAUUUGGAGCGGUUCUUAGAGUCUCGAGAGGUCCCAAAAGAGGACAUUAGACGAAUGAAGACAGACAAGGUGAGCAUAAAAUUCAUUCAAAAACUUCACGUCCAUUAAGCAACACAGAGCAUUCGUGGCUAACAAAGUUAGCGUUAAUGCUAUGCUAUUGUAAGCUAAUGUUAGUAACGUCUGUAGUUAGACAUGUAGAGUAACGUUAACGUUAGAGUUCUUAACGGGCCUCACUCGGCCCCGUUAGCCUACUAAAAGUAAUCAACGGCCUGAACAUGACCCAAUAGAAAUAAAAAUAAAACAAAUCUAAUGCGCCUGAUGCGUCAUUGUUUCGUUUUAAUAUAGGGCAGGCGCACUUGGUAGCCUAAUAACAGUGAUGACAUGAUGUGAUGAAACUUGAAUAAAGAACAGAAAUGGUUGCCAUGGUAACUUUGGACGUCAUGGCUGGUCUGUAUCAUAGUGACUAGCUGGUUAACGUUCCGUGCCAGUGAUGUAGCCUACACAUUUUGUGGUACAGGCGGCUUAAAAAGGUGGGCUUGUCCUACUGAGCUUUGCGUAAAGUGUAACUUCAAACUAAUUUGAAUAAGCUUAUUAAAUCUUUAUUAUAAAUGAUUAAUCAUAAGGAUCAAUGUCGUUCAAAUUUAUUACAUGUAAUAUUAGUAAGUGGGUUGUUUAUGCUUGGUUUUGGGUGGAGUUUUAGUUAUAUAGGUCAGCCAGCACGCCUGUGGAGGUCAGCCUUCAGCUUUGUUCAAGUUGAGACGAACUGGACGCAAAAUGUUUUUCAACCAUGAUGUGUUGAUGUUGAAUCAUGGAAUCCUCAUCUGCCAAAAUAAAUGGUACAUCAAUUGCACACCUGUGAAUAAUGGAAUUACAUGAAGGUGGAUACGCGUCAGAUUGCGUCAGCGAAUUUGUGUGAAGUAGGCCAGCUUUCUAUCUGGCAUCUCUAUGUCCAAUCUUUUACUGUACUUACCAUAAGACCAGCUAUGUCCAGUAUUACUGAAACACUGCAUUGACACUAUUCCCUCUCUUUCUCUCUCUCUCUUGUGUUUGCAGGUUGACAAGGCAGUAUUGCGCAUCAUGACGGAUGAGCAAAUGACAAAAUACAUAUCGUCAUAUGGUGACCGAGUGGCUGUCCUGUCCUUCUGUGAACAAACCCAGUGCCACAGCACCAAUAAAGAGACUCUUUUACAGCGAUUAAAAAAUAAAAUAGGGGCACGAAAAAUGAAAUCAAAAACAAAAGUGAGUGGUACCCCAGAUAAUCCCCAAAAUAACAUGGUCAGACAAAGAAAUAGGGCAGGAGAGAAGACUUCAAGAAAGGUUGAAAUUGGAUGGCUUCAUUUUGGCAAAAAUGGAUACAGUCAAGUACGGACCAACAAUGGUGGAGGCACAAGACAUGCUACAUUGGCAAAAACAACAACUGUUGCUCAGAUCAUGGAAUUAGGAAAGGGACUAUUUUUUCCUGAUGGGCAUUCCACAAAAGGGCCAGCUGAAGACUUCACGUUUGAAAUCUGUGAUUUUAAAAUGAACAAGAUUCCCAUGGAUAACACUGUUGGCCAAAUGUAUGAACAAACUAAACUGAAGCUACUCAGAUUUUAUGUUUGCACAAAAGAGGGAGCUUCAACCGAUCACUCCUCAUCUGAAGAAAAUCAGCUGAUUGAAGAUGAAGAAGAAAAUGACCUGCUUGAAGAUGCAUCUCACUCAGAUGAUUCCAUCACAGAUCUGCAGGAUCGUUCACAUUCAUCUGACAUUGAUGGAAGCAUCCAGGUUUAUGGAACAAGGACAGAGGUAAAUAAUUUGGUGUGUUUGUGUGUGUGUGUGUGUGUGUGUGUGUGUGUGUGUGUGUGUGUGUGUGUGUGUGUGUGUGUGCGCGCGCGCACUUCAGGGCUCUAAAAGCAAAAGGCACUGAUAAACAAAGGGAAUAGACCUACAUGUAUUGUAUUUUUACACAGCAUUGAAUAAUAAAUGUGGAGCAUGUGUUCUGAUGUUACUGCUGACAACCAUCCGUCUAUGAUUUGUUUUCAGAUGCAACCAAGAUCAAAAAAGAUAAGGACAACAUCCGAGACUGAGACAGCAGAAAGUCCAGGUCCAUCACAUCCCUUUCAGUCAACCCCAACAGACAGUAAAAAAAACACAAGUGAGGUUAGUUUACCUGACCCCUUGUUUGACGAGGCAGAUACACUUAUAUGGGAUCCAGACGAUGACCAGGUGGUUAUAAACUUGAAUGUUGAUGAGGAUGCAGAUGUUACACAGGUAAUGUUUUAUCUAGAAUUUCUAUAUGAAAAUAUUUUUCUUGAACUUAACUUUCAUUUGAAAUGUUUAGUGGUGUGCCAUGUACAACUUGUAUUAAAAACAAAUACCAAUUGUUGUCUUUAGUGAAAGUGAAAGUCAGUUAAAUCCUUUUGACUUAAUUCCUGGGAUUGUAACUCUGAUUUAUGACUUCAUUAUAGUGUUCUGUCUCUGAAAUGAAAGACGUUUGCCUUUUUUUAUUUCUCAAAACCUAAAUGGACUUUUUCAUGCUAUCUGGAGUGUUCUUAAUUUUGACUAGAAGUUAUGCUGAUGCAUAAGACUCAAUUAGAAAGACUUUUAUAAAUAAUAGUCUGCGAUGACAUCAUAGAUUUUAUGAUUAAUAUGUCUGCUGUCAUUUAUUGUAUUCUUCAGAGCACUGAGGUGAGUGGAGCACCUACGCAGACUAUACAGCUCCUAUUGCCUUCAGGUGAAGGUCUGCUUACACUGGAUGAGCAGCAGUCCAUACAUGAGGAGGCAGUGCAAACUGCCCAGGUAAGACACACCACUUCAAGCAACUCUGAUGUUCUCAGGGUUUUUAAUAGAAAGCAGUUUGAGGAGGGGUGCAGUUUGUAACACAAAAAGAUACUUGAGUUGUGAGUUGCUUUAUGAGAAACAUAGCAUCCAAAAUUAUUUUAACCUUGGUACAAACAUGCCAAACACUUUGGCCUCUGCUUUAUUCAUUGACCACUCUGUUUUUAACAUGUGUGUUCUUCUAUCAGGACAGUGGACCGAAUUUUCCCUCAGAUUCAAGCAGCCAGUUGUCAUCAUCAACAUCAGCCAGCAACCCAGGAGAUCCAGAGGCCACAAAACGAGCUUCAAUAUGCCGCAUAAAGGUUGUUGGUGAUCUGUUGGCUGUAUUUAUGGAUAGCAGGAUCAUGAAUAUGACUUUAAAGAUGGACUUCAUCAACGAGAAGGCUGUUGAUGAUGCCGGCGUGUCCAGAGAGGUGUACACAGCCUUCUGGGAACAAUUUCUUGAACAGUGUGAAGGGGAAACGGAGAGAGUUCCCAGGCUUAGGCCAGAUUUUUCUGAGGCUGAAUGGCAGGCGAUUGGACGCAUUUGGGUUAAAGGAUUUUUAGACCACGGUGUCAUGCCAGCAAAGCUAUCGAUGGCCUUCAUUUUAGCAUGCAUCACUGGAAUUGAGUCUGUUGAUACAGACAUCUUGAUGUCAUCGUUUCUGAACUUCUUACCUCCCAUCGAGCGAUCAGCUGUUGAGAACGCUCUCAGGGGCAGAAUAGAGGAAGGGGAUCAAGAGGACUUGCUCGACCUUUUCACACGAAUGGGUUCCCAUUUCUUACCACCAGAGAACAGCAUGAAGUCUGCCAUUGAAAUAAUGGCACAUAAAGCUAUUCUCCAAGAGCCAAAGUAUGUAAUUGAUUGUUUUUCGACUCCCAUGUCACUUGUAAAGUUGAAACUACCAGAUAAGAAAAGUGUGUUGAGUCUGUAUGAGUCCAAGAAGCCCACAGGCAAAAGAGUGAUGCAAAUGCUUGAAACAACAAAGGUGGUGCUGUCCCAAAGAGAACAAGCAACCUUAAACCACCUACAACGUUAUGUCAAAAAUGCUGAUGAAGCAAAAGCAGAGAAAAUCCUGCGCUUCUGCACAGGUUCUUCAGUUAUAUGUGUUGAGAAAAUUAUGGUUAGCUUUAAUGCUGAAACUGGGCUCAACAGGAGACCUGUGGCGCAUACCUGUGGCGCUACACUCGAUCUGCCAUGUACAUACAGUUCUUACCCAGAAUUUCGAACAGAAUUUGAUAAUAUUUUGAACAGCAACUACAUGGAGAUGGACAUCAUUUGA